AUGACAAAAGGAAAAAGCAUCCCAACUUGUAACUUAAGUUUUCCACCAGGGAGGAAGGAUAGGGAAUUGGAAGGAAGGAAGUGCCGAGGUCUCCACACUGCCUGGAAGCUCCGCAGCCACUGCUGCAAUCAGAAGUGGCACAACAAGCACAAGAAGGCGCACUUGGGCAUGGCACUGAAGGCCAACCCUUUUGGCAGCACCUCACACACUAAACCUAUCGUCCUCAAGAAAGUUGGCAUAGAAGCUAAACAGCCCAACUCCUCCAUCAGGAAGUGUGUUAGAGUCCAGCUGAUCAAGAACGGCAAAAACACAGGUGCUUUUGUUAUGAACAAUGGGUGUCUGAACUUCAUUGAGGAGAACGAUGAAGUUCUGGUUGCUGGUUUCAGCUGGAAGGGUCAUGCUGUUAGUGACAUUCCUGGAGUUUGCUUCAAGGUUGUCAAAGUAGCCAACGCAUCUCUCUUGGCCUUGUACAAGGGCAAGAAGAAGAGACCAAGAUUGUAA